AUGGCGAUCUGGGAUUGGAAAUCCGGAUAUAAAUUUCAAGCGCUUGAAACCACCGCGCAACCAGAAUUUGAAGCAGGCAUAUUUGCGUGUACGUUUGAUCGAACGAGUUUGCGACUGAUAACAUGUGAAACAGAUAAAACCAUAAAAAUAUGGAGAGAGGACCCGAAUACGACCCCGGAAACACAUCCGAUACAAUGGAAACCGUCGCUCGCCCGCACACGAUUUUAA